AUGGUAACGCGGACACUACAUUGGCAAAACACCCAUUCUGAACAUACUGGAACCAGCGUGACCACCUGUGCUCUAUUUCAGAGAACAGUUCUCUAUUUGGACCUAAGAAAAAUUAACGUGGUCACGCUGACUGGAACCGGAUGUGAUCAGGAACAUUUUGACUUUCACCUGUUCGCCGACCGCUACCACAUUCGGUCGGCCAGCGAUACAGUGGUCAGCAAAACACUGUUUCACAUGAAUGGCGACCAAUGGAAACGCCUGCGGGCUAUAGUGAGCCCGACGUUCAGUUCGGGCAAAAUGCGCAAAAUGUUCCCCAGAAUUAGGGAAUGUUUGGCCGACCUCUUGGAACAGUUGGACGGAUACGCUGUGUCCGGGCGCCCGGUCGACGUAAAGGACAUGUAUGAGAAUUACACCAUGGACGUAAUCGCAACAUGCGCGUUCGCCACCAAGACCAACGUGUACAAGGGUGAUAUAAGCCCAUUUGUGAUCAACGCGCGCAAAGCAUUUAGCUCGAUCAAUAUAGCUGAUUUGCUACCUUGA